GAGAAGGAAAGGACGGAGCGCAGCGGCUUGGAAGCUGGUGAGGCAGGGCCGCAAUGUUCCGGAUCGAGGGUCUCGCGCCGAAGCUGGACCCGGAGGAGAUGAAGCGGAAGAUGCGCGAGGAUGUGAUCUCCUCCAUUCGGAACUUCCUCAUCUACGUGGCCCUGCUGCGAGUCACUCCGUUUAUCUUAAAGAAACUGGACAGCAUAUGAAGACUGGGUAUCACAUGUGAAUGCAUGAUGAUAUGAAGAACCUGGCUACAGUUUCUCCUCGUGUCUGCAAAUGAAUAGACCCAGAAAGGUGUAAGAGACUCUUUGAUUGAAUGGACAUAAAAAUUCUACUUGUUAAGAACAAGUUGGGCUGUGGUAACAGACCUUUGUAGUUAAAAUAUACAACUAUUUGGGAAGUAUGAAAAGACAUCUUAUGGUCCUAGUGUGCCCUCAUGCCUGUGAUAUUCAGCCUCCAUGACUGUUGGUAUAAUUGUAAAUAAUGUCAAAGUCCACUUUCUAGCAAGUGUUAAUUACAAGGGAGUAAUUUCUGAAAUGGCACUGUCUUGUCAGUCAUUUCUGUUUGUGUUUUUUGCUUCUGUCCAGAGUGUAUUUGUGAAGAGUUGGCUUACACUUAGUUAUAUUUUAUGGAAGUCAGCAGAUGACCACAGUAACAUUUAAGCACAGGACCAGUCUAUAUUUUUUAAUAAA